GCUGGCGGUGAUCAGUGAGCGAGAGUGCGUCGUCGAGCGAAGACACGGAACCCAGAACCCAGAGCCCAGCGGAAAAGUAUACGGCAGAGGAAGAACCAACGGGAAAGCUGUAGCCAAGUGAAAGUGUGAGGAGAUAUAUUUUUAGAAGGCCACGGCACACACACACACAUAUAGCCAAGCAGCGGCUAAGUAUAUAGGCCGUACAUAGGCAGCCCGCGAGAUACACACCCGGAGAGUCGGAACCCCCAGGAUGACGGAUGUGCCGGAGCCCGUGAGCAAGUGCGCCAACCUGUUGAAGAGCACUCGCAAUGACACUGAAAAAUUCGCGGCCCUGUUUAUGGUCACCAAAUUGGUGAAGGGCAAAGACUGCAAUGCGUCGGGCAAGAAGCUGCUCUUCGAGGCCAUUGGGUUUCCCUUUCUGAAGAAGCUGCUGGUCUCCAAGGAUCUGCCCAGCGACUGCCCCCCUUUGGUAUACAAAAGUGUGGCUCUGUCGAUCCUCACCUGCUUCUGUCAGGAGGAGGAGUUGGCCACGCACAAGGACAUUAUCGAUGCCAUACCAACUCUGCUGGAGAUCGUGGAACAGGCCGACGACGAGGACUACGAGGACAACCUGAUUGUGGUCAGCGAGGCGUACAGUUGCCUCAAGAGCAUCGCCAGCCAUGAGCCGGGUCAGCAGGCACUCUUGGCCACCGGUGCCAUACCCAAGAUGUCCCAGAUCUACUCCGCCCAGAGUUUCCAAACCGACGAGGCCCUGCACCUGAUUGUUCUCCUCGUCAAGCAGUUUGGCGUGCUGUCGUGGCCCGAGGAUCCCAGUGCCUUCCACGCCCUGAUCCAGAGGAUUGCGCUGGACAUGGAAACCGAUCACACGGACCGGAAGUACGAACUUUGCCGCAUUCUGGCUGAUAUCCUUAUCACCUGCCGUCGUGAGAUCGUGAUCAACUCGUUGGAGGGUCAAAUCUGGCCGGAGAGCUUGUUCAAGGGCUGUGGGGAUAUCCUGAAGGCGAAAAUUGGUCCCAAACAGAGGGAUCCGGCCCUGCAUCUGAUAGCCACCACCCUGCAGGUGCUGGGAAUCCAAUGGGCCUUCAUGGACGAGCAGAAGCAGUUCUUCCUGCAGCUUCUUCAACUGGGAGCCAUCGAGGUGCGCAUGCAGAUGGACGAGAAGAAACUGGAGACGACCUUCAAGCAGGCGGAGCUACUCACCUGCUGCUUUACCAUCCUGGAGCAGUGCAUCGAGUACAUGGCUGCGGAUCAGCUGGAUCUGGAACCCAAGGAAAAGCAGACCACAUACACGGCUCUCAAGGGCGCCUUCAAUCAGGUUCUAGCCGUUUUGACCAGGGUCAGCCAGGACAAGAUCCGGGAUAGCACCAAUCCCAGGGACAAGAAGUUUGUGUUUGCCAUCGUUAAGGUCCUGUCCGCUUGGCUGGCCCAGGAGACGACGGCCAUGAGGCCGGCCAUCUACAAACUGCUGCCCUUCAUGCUCAAGGUUGCCAACGAGAGUUUCCAGGAGCUGAAGGCCUGGCGAGCAGGUCCCCGGGAGGGUGAGCCACCCGUCGAUGUCCUGCGUAUCAUGCUGCCCGCUCUGUGUCACUUUGCCGUGGAGGAGGAGGCCAGGAGGGUGCUCUUCACGCACAAGCAGGAUGAGGUACUGUUGGAGACCCUGGAGUUUUACUUCAGCAUUGCGCAUUGGAAGAGGCCACCCAUUCCGCGAGCUGAGCGCUUGAAGCGCAUGAAUGAGCCCGAUCCGGUGCCAAGUCCGGAACAGCAGGCGGAGAUGAAGGUGGCCAGGAGUGCCAUUGUGGCCCUCUCCAACAUCCUGAUGAACUUCACCGUUCUGGAGCCCAAGAAGGCCGAGGAUGGAGCCACGUUUGCCAGUCUGCUGAAGUUCGUAGUAGAGAAUCUGCCCGAGCUGAAGGAUACCCCCGAUAACCUGGUCAUCCAUGGCAAUUUGGCCGUCCUGGGACUGCUACUGCUGAAGCAGCAGUCCAAGAAGGUCAAGCAGAACGACUUCUCCAUCUGUCGUUACAUCCAGGCCACCAUCCGUUUCCUGUGGGAUGCCUACAACAUUGACGAGAGCAACGAUCCCACUGCCCUGGUCGUGUCCAUUGCCUACAAGGGCAACUGGUCGGAUCUGUCCGAGCUGUGGUUCCUGGGAAUGCAGACCAUGUGCGCCGUACUGCCGCUGGUGCCGUGGCUCUCCGAAUUCGCCCUGGAAUCCGGCUGGGCAGAGGGCAUUGUGAAGACCCUCAAGAAGGUUAAGAUCGGCACUCUGCCGGCCAACGUGAAAUCCGCGUACGAGGACUUCCUGUCCCAACUGGUGGACGUCAAUGGCGAUGUCCAGGAAGUGCUUAAAAAAGCCGAUGCUCUGCGCGUCUGCCGCAAUCACAGGAUGAUGGAUCUGGGCAAGAAGCUGUUCGGCGACUAAACCAAACACCAAACGCUGGUUUUUUCUACAGGCAUUUUUUGUGUGUGAUUUGUGAACAAGCGAAAAAUGGAAAAUAUUUUGUAUGGAUUUCAUUCUAUUUUAUAUGCUCUAUUUUAAUGAUUAAAUACCUAAAUUUAUUAAAAAAUAAAUAAAACCAAUUUUUAAAACA